AUGGAUCCGUCCCGGGACCGGCCGUCAGACUGGAGCUCCGUCCGGCCGAGCUUCUCACCGCUGCUGCAGCGCGACGGCUCUCAGGAGAGACUCAACCACACCUACAGCUUCCACAUGAUUCUGCGCUCCACCUUCAGCUCCCCCACCGCCUCCCUCCACCAACCCUUACCCUCUCUAUUCUCUAGCACCUCGGCCACUGAACAGACGUCGGCUUCAGUCCACCAGCCCUCCUCCUCCUCCUCCUCUUCCUUUUCUGCCAACGACCUGGCCGACCUGGAGAGCAUGCUGCUCUGGACGCUCCACGAGCCCAGCACCAUCGCUCUGACCGUCAUGUACUGUCUGUCUUUCAUUUUGGGAUUCGCCGGGAAUUUGAUGUCCCUGCGCGUCCUCACCAACAGGCGGAGCCGGCGGCUGGCCGGCGUGAGCGCCACACGCAGUCUCCUGGUGAACCUGGCGGUGUGCGACCUGGCGGUGGUGUGCGUGUGCAUGCCCAUCACCCUGGGCAGCCAGAUCUACACCGCCUGGGUCUACGGCGACCUCCUCUGCCGGGCGGUGCCCUUCACGCAGGCCGUCUCGGUCUCUGCCAGCGUGCUGACGCUGACCGUGAUCAGCGUGAACCGCUACUACAGCGUUCGAUCCCCGCUGCGAGCGCGCUCCAUGUUCACCCGCCGGCGGAUCUUGGCGACCGUCGGCGUGGUGUGGACAGUGUCCUCCAUCAUGUGCGCUCCCAUCGCGGUGAUGAACCGGCGACGCCGGAUCAGCUUUGGGGCUUUUGCCAUCCUGGUCUGCGAGGAGAAGUGGCCUCAGCAUCGCCUCAAACAGGGAUACAAUGUGCUGCUGUUUGUGAUGCUCUACUGCCUGCCGGUGACCUUUAACCUCACCAUCGGCUUCUUAACCGGCAGGCGGCUUUGGCGAGGCAAGAAAACCACUUUCGCCGACCUCGAUCCUCGCAGCGAGGCUCUGCACGCCUCGCGCCUCAAGACGCGCCAGAAGAUCGCCAAGAUGGUGGUGUGCCUGGUGCUGCUGUUCGCGGCGUCCUGGCUGCCGCUCUACCUGAUCGACCUUUGGAUCGACUGCGAGCGGAGGCCGCCGUCUUGGUUCCUGCAGACGCGGCCCUUCGCCCAGUGGCUGGGCCUGACCAACUCCAGCCUCAACCCCAUCUGCUACUGCUUCAUCGGUGAUCUGUACCGCUCGGCCAAAGUGAUACGGACGCGCUACUACCAGAAGGUCGCCGCUCUGUUCGGCUCCUCCUCCUUCUCCAGCUCCGUCGCCGUGGCGUCUCCCGGCUCGCUGAUGACAGACAGCAAAGUGACGGCCUCCGAGCGCCGCCACAUCGCCGCGGCGGCGGCGUCCAUGGCUACGAUCCCCAGGCUGCUGAGCUUGGCUCGAGGCCAGGGGCUGGGGCAGAAGGUCGUGGACAGUUCCGACAGCCGGGCCGGGUCCCACCACAGCAUCUCAGACUGGUGCCGCUCCAGUCCCAGCGUGUGCGAUGGCUCCUUGUUCCCCUGCCAGCUGCACGCGGUCCAGCACUCCACAGAAAGGGCAGACCUCCUGCCCGCGAGAAGACACUCUGUAAACGAGAGCGCGGGAUCCUUACCUUUAAGGAUGGAGUCGCUGGAAGUAGACGUGCUGCCUCUGAGGAGGCACUCGGGGGGCAGGAUGUACGGCCUCCCAGCACAGAAGACAGACAUCAUUACCACGGGCAGGGACACGCUUUGCUACAGCGGGCAGCGCACGGGCAAAACAUCACAAACCUACUUUCUGGUAGAAGACAGGGAGGAUAAAACAACCGAUAUGACCAGCCUGUGA